AUGGGGGAGAGAGAAGCCAACGACGGCAUGAUCAUGUGGGGCCGCCUGCAGACUUCCACGGCGAACAUGCAGAAGUCGGCGCAGAAGUUGGGCGCCCCUCCCAGCAACAACAUUGCUGCGUGGAAAGGCAGGACCACGAGCAUGAAGGAGUUCUACGAGGGCAUGGACAAGCUGGCCCGCCUGCGUUCUCGCGACGGCGGAACCGACGAGCUGCUGGGCAAGGCGCAUUCUGCCGGCCCGCUCAUCACCCUCGAGGUGGAGCACUGCAACAAGACGGCCCUGGACAGGAUCAGGGCAAAUGUCGCGGCUGAGGGCGCGACGAACAAUGCGUCGGCCUUCACGGCCGGCGGCCCGCCCCGGAUGGCGAUCGAGAGCGCGCCGAAAGGCAUCUGCGCGGCGCCCAUCGAGAUGGGGGCCGAGGAGGAGCGCCUGCGCGCGCGAUGGCCGAUGUCGGUCGCCGCGCCGGGCUGGUCGAUGCACAACAAAGAUGAGCACGACUUCGCGGAGCUGAUCACCACCAGCACCGGCACCAUGGAGAUCGAGAUAUUGGCCGCCGCCGGGCCGAAACCGCCCAAGCCGCGCCGCGGUUAG